AUGGAUAUAAAUUCAUUGAUUAUUUCAACUGAGCUCUCACAGUCUGAUCAUGAACAAUCAGAUAUCGAAGACUGUUAUGAAACAUCUGAUGACUAUGAAAUGACGGAUGAUGAGCGUUCAAGUAAUAGAUUAGUUGUUUCUGAAGAACAUGCAUUAAAGAAAAAACGAAACCGUGGGAUGAAUUCAAAGACUAUUUUAGAAAAG